CAUUUAAAAAUUUCUAUAAUAUACAAAUCAUGUAUAUGUGAUGCAAUCUAAUGUUUAUGUAAUUUGAGGUCGUAAGAAAAACAUACUUCCUUAAUAUCAAUAAAGAUUAUUUGAAACGUGUGCAACAAAAUGAAGUAUUCGUUGAGUGAAAGUACAUCGAAGAUUUGAAAGAGAAACCUAAAGUUACAAAUAAAUAAUUUUAUUAGACAAAAUAAUAACUGAAAACAAUUUAGACGAAGUUGAAAAGAAUGAAUGCUAUGUAAACCAAAUAGCAAAAUUAGAGAUUUGCCACAGAUAACACUUUUUACUACGAAUUGAAAAACAAAUCCUAAAAAUAUACGAAUGCGUACGGAAGUACGUUGUGGUUGGGAAGGUUAACAUAAGAAAAUUAUAUAUUUUUUUUUACUUACAAACUGCAAUAAAAUGAGCUCAAUGAAAAUGAAGGUCUUACUUUCAAUCGUAUUUUUGAUAUCAACUUAUUUGGUUAAUACUGACGCACGUUAUCCAUUGAGAAUAUUGGGUUUAUUUCCUCAUCCCGGCGUUAGUCAUUUUCAUUUUUUUCAUCCCAUAAUGCGAGGACUUGCAGAAGCAGGCCAUGAUGUGACGGUAGUUAGUCAUUUCCCAGAUAAAAGCCCACCAGUUCGUUACACAGAUUACGUAUUAACAGGCGUUGAUACAUUAUCCAACAGUGUCGACCUUAAGUUUUUUGAAAAUCGACGUUUUUACAACCAUUUCGUAGAGUUUUUCAUGCUGAAUCAAUGGGGUCAAGAGGCUUGUAACUUCACAUUAAAGUCAGAAGCCUUAGGUCAGGUUCUACGCCAAAAGACUCCAUAUGAUGUGAUAAUAAUAGAACAAUUCAAUACUGACUGCAUGAUGGGUGUUGCACAUAUGCUAAAAGCGCCAGUCAUUGCCUUAAGCAGUUGCGCGUUAAUGCCAUGGCAUUACGAACGGACCGGCAGUCCAAUUAUACCAUCACAUAUCCCGGCAUUAUUCUUGGGUGUUUCUGAAGAAAUGAGUUUUCCAGAACGUUUAGCCAAUUGGAUUACUUUUCAUGGAAUGAAAUUGCUUUAUACUUAUGUGACUAUACCCUCUACCGACAAAUUAUUGCAAAACAAAUUUGGGCAUGAUAUGCCAUCAGUUUCGGAAUUGGUUAAAGAAACUUCGUUGUUCUUUGUAAACCAACAUUUUUCGUUAAGCGGUGUGAAGCCAAUUCCACCAUCUGUUAUUGAAUUGGGUGGUAUACAUAUACAAAAAUCAAAACCACUUUCUGCAGAUCUACAACGUUUUCUUGACAAUGCAGAACAUGGUGUGAUUUUUAUUAGUUGGGGUUCAAUGAUACGUGCAGAAACAUUACCUGCGUCGAAAAGAGAUGCUAUAUUAAGGGCAGUUAAACGAUUAAAGCAGAAAGUUAUUUGGAAAUGGGAAAAUGACACAUUACAAGACAAACCUGACAAUAUGUUGAUUAAUAAAUGGUGGCCACAGAGGGAUAUUUUGUGCCAUCCAAAUGUGAAAGUGUUUAUGACACAUGCUGGCUUAAUGGGCAGCUCAGAGGCAGCGUAUUGUGGUGUUCCCACAGUUGCCACACCAAUGUAUGGUGACCAGUUUCUAAAUGCUGCAGCUAUGAAACAACGUGGAAUGGGUGUAGUACUGCAAUACGAAGACAUGACUGAAAAUAGUAUCAUAAGAGCAUUAAAAAAGGCUUUGGAAAAAAGUUACAUGGACAAUGCAAAACAAAUUUCGCAAUCAUUUAACCAUCGGCCACAAACUGCUUUAAUGACUGCCAUUUGGUGGGUUGAAUAUGUUAGCAAAACAAAAGGAGCACAAUUAACAAAAUCUUCAGCUGUAUAUAUGCCACGUUUUUCUUAUUACUGCUUGGAUAUAUAUUUAUUUGUUACUCUGAUUUUAAGUAUUUCUGUAUAUAGUUGGAUUGUUAUUUUCCAAAAAAUAUGCUCUCGUAAUCGUAAAACUAUCAAAAAGAAAAACGAGUAAUAACAAUAAUUUUUCUAUAGUUUACCUUAUGAAAUUAAAAGACGAAUCAGUAAAAGACAAAGGACAUUACAAUCCUGAUUGGUCAGUUAGUUUGCAUAGAUCUAAUAUAUGCGUUUAAUUCACACAACCAAACUUGCCUACAUCAAUUUAAAAAUAUUUGAACGAUCCUUAAAAAGACUAUUACGGGACCUGUGUACAAGUGUGCUUACAUGUAGUUUUUUAGAAUUUUUAUUUUUCAGUUUUGUGAUCAUUCAAAUUUAUCAAAACUACCGACUAUAACAUAUUACAUGUCCAAGUUUUACCCACCUUUACUAUGUUAGUGGAAUGUUAGCAAAAUAUAUGUGAUAUUUUAUUAAAAAUAUGUAACCUUGUAUUUUUAUAAGAUGUAUCUUGUACCAGUUUAACUAUUGUUAUUUAAUUACAAAGAAAA